CCUAAUUACCAGAAAGACCUUCAAUCUUGAAGCAAAUUUCUAUUGUACCCUCAUCUUCAACUCCCUGCUUCGAAAGCUUUACAGUGAAAAUUUUCAAACAAAACCCAACGACCAUGGCAAUGAACUCCUUACUGUACCUCCCGAAACCCCCUUUUCCUCACAAAGCCCUUUCCCCUCCAACGUUCCGUACACACCCAAAAGCUCAGACCCGACCCGCAAAGCCCCUCAGUCAAAAUGGUACCCUAGGUUUUCUCGGAGCGGGUCUGACCCUGACCCUGACCCUUAUUGGACCCGCCUCAGCUGCUGAGUUACCGUUGUGGGGAUCCUUCCAGCUCAGUGAACCCUCCAAUGCCCUCUCUUUGCCCACCUGGGCCAUACACGUUUCUAGUGUCGUUGAAUGGAUUACAGCAAUGGCUUUGGUGUGGCAGUAUGGGGAGAAGUCUGGCUUUGAAUCUUGGAAAGGGCUGUCUUGGGGUAUGGUUCCCCUGCUUGGUGGAGCAUUAUGUGCAUGCACAUGGCAUUUCUUUUAUAACUCUGAGUCUCUUGAGGUCCUGGUGGCUCUUCAAGCAGCCCUGACAGUUAUCGGCAAUGCUACAAUGUGUUUUGCUGCAUUUCGUAUUUACAGAUCAUCUGAAGAACGCUCCAAGAAUCUUUGAAGUAUCUGUAUAUGCACAAACAGAUCUUAUUCCUAUAAGGCACCAAGAAAUAUCUAUUUGUUAGAGCAGUAAAAGUGACAUACUGAGGAAGAAGCUAGUGGUUUUGUAUGUGUGCAGGAAUCAGGAUACAGAAUGCUGGAAGCUUCACUUAUUGGAAGAUGGAAAAUGAAGUACUCAUUUGAUAUCAUUUUCAUUUAGUGAAUGUUGCAUUCGUUUUCUGUGUUUUAUGCAAAGUGUUCGAAGGAGACUCACGGUCAGGCAGCACCCUGUUUUGAACGGCAGCUUCAAUUCUUCAAAUUGUUUUGAUGAUCUCGAAAUUAUCCCUUUCUUUCCUGGCUUAUGAGUUUGUCAUCCAAGUGAGGUUAGCUUCUUGAAGGCAAAGUGUGUAUUCUCAUCACUAGUUGAACCUCUUGUUAAUCUCGUUGUAUAGUUCGUUCUGGAUCCAAUUCAAGUUAUGGCAGUGUUCAUUUAAUCCUAGCUUAUGUGCAAAUUGAUCAGUUUGCAACUAGUAUGCUAGUUUUCUCAGCAUAA